AGCUUUCUCUGUAACUGCCGUCCUGGCACCUUAUUUUUUUUUUUUCAUAUUUAGUAAAAGUACUAUAUAUAUAUAUACUCAUUUCACACUCUCACUCUCUACUACUACUAGAACCUUCGAUUCCCCCAAAUCUCUUUCAAUGGCUUCUUCUAUCUUAAUCAAUUCCAUUUCUCCUUGUUCCAAGUACCUCCGCUGCAAUAGAAAUUACUGUUUCUCUGCCUCCGCAGCUUUAAAAGGAGCUAUAAGUUUUCCGGUGAAGUGUAGUAGUAGCAGUAAUUUGAGCUGUGAAAGGAGUUGCAGAUUUGGGAUAGUUAGGGCUUCUUGUGCCGAGGAGGUGGUGGUGGAUGAUCAUGAGAUUGAUGACGUGGAGAGGAAGGUUCUGAGAGUGGGAAUCAUUUGUGGUGGACCGUCUGCUGAGCGGGGAAUUUCAUUGAACUCUGCUCGAUCUGUGCUCGAUAACAUACAGGGGGACGAUUUGCAUGUUAGCUGCUAUUACAUUGAUAGCAACCUCCAUGCCUUUGCCAUAUCCACUGCCCAGGUAUACUCAAAUACUCCUGCUGACUUUGAUUUCAAACUUGAGAGCCUUGCCCAAGGCUUCCGGUCAUUAUCUGACUUCACAGAACACCUUGCUUCUUCGGUGGACAUAGUUUUUCCUGUUAUACAUGGUCGUUUUGGUGAAGAUGGUGGCAUUCAGGAGCUAUUGGAACGAUCAAAUAUUCCAUUUGUUGGAACAGGGUCCAUUCAAUGUCAAAAGGCAUUUGAUAAAUAUGAUGCAUCCCUGGAGCUUGACAGACAAGGUUUCGUGACUGUACCUAAUUUUCUCAUACAGGGAAAUGAAACGGAUGAAUCUGGACUGUCGAAGUGGUUUGAGCAAAAUCUACUGGAUAUUAAGUCGGGAAAAGUGGUGGUAAAGCCAACAAGGGCAGGAUCAAGCAUUGGAGUUAGUGUUGCCUAUGGUGUCUCUGAUUCUCUGACAAAAGCUAACAGAGUUAUUUCUGAGGGGAUAGAUGACAAAGUCCUUAUUGAGAUUUUCCUUGAAGGAGGCAGUGAGUUUACCGCAAUUGUCCUUGAUGUAGGUUCUGGUUUUAAUUGCCAGCCUGUUGUAUUAUUGCCGACAGAGGUGGAGCUUCAAUCACAUGGCACUGUUGAUGUUAGCGAGAAAGAUGCAAUAUUUAACUACCGAAGGAAGUAUCUCCCUACUCGACAGGUUGCUUAUCACACUCCACCUAGAUUCUCUAUGGAUGUGAUCUCAAAGAUCCGUGAAGGAGCGUCAUUACUAUUUCAGCGACUUGGCUUGCGUGAUUUUGCUAGAAUUGAUGGUUGGGUUUUGCCGCCUUCUACAAAAGCUUCCACUUCUGCAGGAAACAAAUUUGGAAGGACUGAUUCUGGCACAGUAAUAUUCACUGAUAUUAACUUGAUCAGUGGAAUGGAGCAAACAAGUUUCUUAUUUCAGCAAGCAUCAAAGGUUGGAUUUUCACACUCAAAUAUUCUCCGGACCAUCAUCCAACAUGCUUGCUUGCGGUUUCCAGAUCUUUUAUCACAUAAUAUCAUAUCAUGUCCAUCGAGAAAGAGAUCAAAAUCUUCGCCAGUGACAGAGGAUUUUAUUAAACAACAUAAGAAAGUGUACGUCAUCUUUGGUGGUGACACCUCUGAACGCCAAGUAUCUCUUAUGAGCGGAACCAAUGUUUGGCUGAAUCUAAGAGCAUCUGAUGAUCUUGAGGUGACACCGUGCUUGCUUGCCCCUGCAAUGAGCUAUACUGAUGUUUCAGACUCUGCUACGCAGAAAGUAGAUGAGAAGUUAAAGACAGUAUGGACAUUGCCCUAUUCCCUUUUGCUGAGACAUACUACAGAAGAAGUCCUUGAUGCGUGUCUAGAAGCAAUUGAACCCAAUCAGGCAGCUUUGACAUCUCACUUGCGGAACCAGGUCAUGGAUGAUCUCACAAGAGGUCUGAGAAAUCACAGAUGGUUCAACGGGUUUGAUAUAUCAGAUGAAUUACCAAAGAAAUUUUCCCUAGAGCAGUGGGUCAAGCUAGCUAAGGAAUCUCAGGCGACUGUUUUCAUUGCAGUGCAUGGAGGCAUUGGAGAAGAUGGCACACUUCAAUCUUUACUAGAGACAGAAGGGGUUCCCUAUACAGGUCCUGGUGCCAUGGCUUCAAAAACAUGUAUGGACAAAGUUGCAACCUCUCUUGCUCUACAACAUCUGACCGAUUUUGGAGUCCUUACAAUAAAUAAAGAUGUGAAGAAGAAAGAGGAUCUGCUGAAAAUGUCCAUAUCUGAUCACUGGCUUGACUUGAAGUCAAAACUUCACUGUGACACUUUAUGUGUAAAACCGGCCAGAGAUGGUUGCUCAACUGGUGUGGCCAGAUUGUGCUGUGAGGGGGACCUUGCCUUCUACGUAAAUGCAUUGCAAGACUGCCUACCUCGUAUUCCUCCUAACAGCCUGUCAAAGGCACAUGGAAUGAUUGAGAUGCCAAACCCUCCUCCGGAGCUCUUAAUAUUCGAACCUUUUGUCGAGACUGAUGAGAUAGUAGUUGCAUCCAAAUCCAGAAAUGAGAAUGCACACAAUUUGCUCUGGAAAGGGGAUAGUAGAUGGGUAGAGGUCACUGUAGGUGUUGUAGGAAAACGUGGAGCAAUGCGUUCAUUGACUCCUAGUGUAACCGUGAAAGAAUCUGGAGGCAUAUUAUCACUGGAGGAGAAAUUCCAAGGUGGAACUGGCAUCAAUCUGACUCCACCUCCACCUUCUAUUAUGAGUAGUGCGGCCUUGGAAAGGUGUAAAAAGCGUAUUGAACUUAUUGCAAACACUCUACAAUUAGAAGGAUUUUCGCGUAUUGAUGCAUUUGUUCAUGCUGACACUGGCGAGGUACUGAUUAUCGAAGUGAAUACAGUUCCAGGAAUGACUCCUUCCACCGUCUUGAUUCAUCAGGCACUUUCAGAGCAACCUCCCCUGUAUCCACAACAGUUCUUCCGCACGUUGCUUGAUCUGGCAUCAGAGAGAUCUAUGUGAAUAUAAUUAUAUCAGAAGAUUUCAGGUUGUUCAUUUCUCUCUUAUUAUCUGUUGAGUCCAUCCAUCAUUUUCCUUCCUAUGUUGUAUGUUAAUUCAAGACUCUUUGUAGAAAUGUUGCCUUUUCAGGAUCUUUGUUUUAUCUACUAAGUGUACAUGUUGAACUAUUGUAAGUGCAGAUCACAUCUAAAUAUUCUUGUUCCUAUAAAAUGUCGUCUAUCAAACAUAAAUCGAUUGAUGUGCAAGUUUAAGGGA